UCUGUCUCUCUCUCUCUCUCUCUCCUUUCUCUCCUCUCUCCCUCUCUCACACACGGGUUUUGAAAUAGGUCAAGUUCAGCUAAAUGAGUUGAUGUUGACAAAUGACUUGUGCCGUGUAAUAUCUUUUUGAAAGACCGCUUUUGGCAAAACGAGAAAUGUACUUUUUGUCCGUUCUUGCUUCCCGUAGGAGGGGGAUGUGUUGCUUAGAGACGAUGGUGACUGUUUGUGCGCAUCUGGUGCGCAUAGAUGGUAACGGAAGAUGGAGAAGUAUGAAAAAAUCAAAGUUGUUGGAAGAGGCGCUUUUGGUAUAGUGCACCUCUGUCGGCGGAGGAAUGACGGGGCCUUUGUCAUCCUGAAGGAGAUCCCCGUGGAGCAGAUGUCUCGUGAUGAGCGCCUCGCGGCCCAGAAUGAGUGCCAAGUGUUGAAGUUGCUCAACCAUCCAAACAUCAUAGAGUACUAUGAGAACUUCCUGGAAGACAAGGCACUCAUGAUUGCUAUGGAGUAUGCUCCAGGUGGAACGUUGGCGGACUACAUUCAGAAGCGCUGCAACUCUCUCCUGGACGAGGACACCAUCCUACACUUCUUUGUGCAGAUUGUCCUGGCCCUCUACCACGUGCACAACAAGCUUAUCCUGCACAGGGACCUGAAGACCCAAAACAUACUGCUCGACAAGCACCAGAUGAUCGUUAAAAUCGGAGACUUUGGAAUAUCUAAAAUACUCGUCAGCAAGAGCAAAGCAUACACUGUGGUAGGGACUCCAUGCUACAUCUCCCCUGAGUUGUGCGAAGGGAAACCCUAUAACCAGAAGAGCGACAUCUGGGCGCUGGGUUGUGUGCUCUAUGAGUUAGCCAGUCUCAAGAGAGCCUUCGAGGCCGCUAACCUCCCGGCUUUAGUCCUGAAGAUCAUGAGCGGUACCUUUGCUCCGAUCUCCGACCGCUAUAGCCCAGAGCUGCGUCAUCUCAUCCUCAACAUGCUCAAUCUGGACCCGUCCAAACGGCCACAGCUCAACGAGAUCAUGGCCCUCCCAAUAUGCAUACGACCACUGCUCAACCUCUACACAGACAUUGGCAAUGUCAAAAUGCGCAGGAUUGAGAAGCCUCUGUCCAGUGUGCACUCAGGUCCUCAUGGUAGAGCAGGAGGGAGACUAACCAACACCAGAUCCAGAGAUGGACUGAUGGGUUUGGGGAAGGUGCACUCCCUGCCAUUGUCGUCUGUGUACACGUGGGGCAGUGGGAUCUCAGCGCCUCUGCGGCUACCCAUGCUGAACACAGAGGUCCUGCAGGUGUCCCUGGGGCGGACCCAGAAGAUGGGGGUCACCAAGUCAGGCCGACUCAUCACCUGGGAGGCUCCAUCAGUGGGGUCAGGGGAGUCCUGCCUGCCCGGUGCUGUGGAGCAGCUGCAGACCCAGUUCAUCUCUCGUUUCCUGGAGGGUCAGUCUGGUGUCACCAUCAAGUCUGUGUCCUGCGGAGAUCUCUUCACCACAUGUAUGACAGAUCGAGGCAUUAUUAUGACGUUCGGAAGUGGAAGCAAUGGAUGUCUCGGCCAUGGGAAUUUUAAUGAUGUCACACAGCCCAAGAUCGUGGAGGCCUUGCUGGGGUAUGAGCUGAUGCAGGUGUGGUGUGGGGCCUCCCAUGUUCUGGCCGUGACCAAUGAGAGAGAGGUAUUCUCCUGGGGAAGAGGAGACAAUGGUCGCCUUGGGCUCGGCACCCAGGACUCCCACAACUCUCCCCAGCAAGUGUGUGUGCCUGCUGAGUUUGAGGCCCACAAGGUGCUUUGUGGGGUAGACUGUUCCAUGAUUAUCAGCGCCCAACACGACAUUCUGGCCUGUGGCAGCAACAGGUUCAAUAAACUUGGAUUGGACAAGAUCACGGCCAGUGAUGAGCCAGCUUCCUCUGACCAAGUAGAGGAGAUCCACUCCUUCACCGCAGUCCAGUCAGCUCCCCUGAACGUGGAGAAGAUCGCUUACAUCGACAUCGGAACCGCCCACUCUGUCGCUGUCACAGAUAGGGGGCAGUGUUUCACCUUUGGCAGUAACCAACAUGGUCAGCUGGGCUGUAGCUCUCGCCGUGCUAGCCGCGUGCCCUAUCCCAUACCAGGACUGCAGCGCAUCGCCAUGGCAGCCUGCGGCGAUGCCUUCACGUUAGCCAUCGGAACAGAGGGGGAGGUGUACACCUGGGGAAAGGGGGCCCGCGGCCGUCUUGGAAGGAAAGAAGAGGAUUCUGGGAUACCGAAGCCGGUGCAGCUCGAUGAGAGCCACCCUUUCACGGUGACAUCGGUGGCCUGUUGUCAUGGCAACACUCUGCUGGCGGUGAAACCCUUACUAGAGGAGCCUAGAUGACAGUGUCCCUCUCCUCCCCCCCCCCGACCCCUUCAUGGGUGUCACAUGAGACGACACAGUGUUGCCAGGUGAAGGACAGCUUCCUCUGAACAACCUCUCUCAGUGGCUCAUCUACACAGCAGUUGAAGGAUUCCUCCUCAGUCCACAGCACAUCCACCUGAAUUCGAGUUACUCUAUCAUCUCCCCAAGCAUGUUUCCAACGAUUAAAGCAGUUAUCUGGAAAUGGAACAGAGGUACAAAGGAAAUGUACAGAGGUCUUAUUUGUUCAAUGUCAGAACUCACAAUUUCUUCAAGUUUUCAGAACUGCUGGAUAUUUCAAGUAAUUCAACUGCAAUCAGAUUUGCAGGAAUUCAUUUGGAAGCUGUCAUGUGCCAACACGUUGUCCUUUCUUACAAGCAAGGUUAGCAUGGUAAAAGAAAAAAACAUCUAUAAGGAAGUAAGACUGGUUUGGUAGCUAGUGACCCAGCACUGAAGGAGACAAAACAAUGUGUUGAAAACUAGUUUUUAUGACUGACACGUUAUGCAGAGUGCAAAUUAUACAAUGACAAUCGGGAGGGUCUCCAGGGUGUAAAGUAAUAUUUACAAUUACAGGUA